AUGAUCGAUGUGGGAAAUGAUGUUGGUGUUCCUUCUUAUUUGUUCUUCACUUGUGGUGCAGCUUUUCUUGGUCUUAUUUUAAGCCUUCCGAGUAGAAAUGAUCAGAAUGGCAGAGAACUUGAAGAGUUUGAUGAUGAACUUGUGUUCACUACUUAUGUCAACCCAUUACCGAGAAGAGUUUUGCCUCUAUCUAUGUAUACUAAAGAUGGUAGUUACACUACUGAAGCUGUGAACCUUGGAAGAAGAUUCAUGGAGACUAAAGGGAUUAUUGUGAACUCAGAUGCGGAGCUGGAAUCUCAUGCGGUCAAGUGUUUGAUGAAUGAUUUUGAUUGUGUGCCACCUGUUUACACAGUCGGAUCGCUGAUUGAUCUUAAGGGUGAAAGUAAUAAGUUAGUUUCAGAUGAAACUCAAAAGGGUGAUGAGAUAAUGAAGUGGCUUGAUGAUCAACCUGAUUCAUCGGUUGUGCUUUUGUGCUUUGGAAGCAUGGGGAGUUUUGGUGAAGAACAAGUGAAAGAAAUUGCAUUUGGAAUGGAGCAAUGUGGGGCAAGGUUCUUGUGGUUUUUACGGAAGCCCGCACCGAUGGAUAAAAUUGCUGACCCUAGUGAUUACAUUAGUGAUCAUUUUCAGGAAAUCUUGCCAAAUGGCUUCCUGGAGAGAACAAAGCAGAUGGCAAUGGUAUGUGGAUGGGUGCCACAAAAGGCGGUGUUAGCUCAUAAAUCAGUAGGAGGAUUUGUGUCACAUUGUGGGUGGAAUUCAAUCUUGUGGGUGGAAUUCAAUCUUGGAGAGCUUGUGGUUUGGUGUUCCGAUUAUUGCAUGGCCUUUGUACGCUGA